CAAUCACGGUCUUUCCUGGCGGAGAAGGCGGGAGCUUUUAUCCUGAAACUUCUGUUUCGCUUUCCAGAUUAUUUUCCUAGCGUUUAGAUUCAGAUCCUAACGUGUUAAGCGAUGGCGGAGAAGCCGGUGUGGGAACAGAUCGGGACAGGCUUUGUGCAACAUUACUACCAGCAGUUUGACACGAACCGGAUGAACCUAGCGGACAUUUACACGGACAGCUCCUGCUUGACGUGGGAAGGGGAAGGCUUUCAAGGCAAGAAUGCCAUCAUGGGAAAGCUCAGUAGUCUACCCUUUAAGACCAUUCAGCACAGCAUCACGGCACAGGACCACCAGCCGACUCCCGACAGCUGUGUCCUCAGCAUGGUUGUUGGACAGCUUAAGGCAGAUGAAGACCAAGUGAUGGGGUUCCACCAGAUGUUUCUACUGAAGAACAUUGACAACAAAUGGAUAUGCAGCAAUGAUGUGUUUAGAUUGGCACUUCAUAACUUUGGACAGUAAUACCACUUAAUUUCAGCAGGGUUUCUUGCUCAGGCAUGCAUUUUAUAAUUUCCACUUUGUAAAUCAUAUAAGAUUUAGAUUGGUGUGCAAUGUAUUUUCCCUCA